AUGACGUCGGGCUCCAGCUUUACUUCCCGCGUCUCGCUCAGCAGCGCCAUGGCCCGCUGCCUGCUCGCCCUUCUCGCACGCACUGAUCCCAGCGCUGUAGAUGAUGGCGUUGGGCUCCAGCUUCCGCUCCCGCAUCUCGCUCAGCAGCGCCAGGGCCCGCUGCCACUGCUCGCCCUUCUCGCACGCACUGAUCCCAGCACUCUAGGAGAGGUGGCGUUGGGCUCCAGCUUCGCCUCUCACAGCUCGCCCAGCAGCGCCAGGGCCCUCUGCCACUGCUUGCCCUCCUCGCACGCACUGAUCCCAGCGUUGUAA